AUGGCUCCCUUCUCAGAAAAUCCGGCAGUCCUGAGCUCUCUCCCAGCCUUCGUGUUCUCCGCCGCGCCGCCGCAGGCGGCGGCGGAAGGGCGGCCCCUACUUGAAUGCGCCGUGUGCUUAUCGGAGUUCGAGGAGAAGGAGAUCGUGCGCCUGCUGCCGGGGUGCGGCCACUCCUUCCACGUAGGGUGCAUCGACAUGUGGUUCCACUCCCACACCACCUGCCCCCUCUGCCGCUCCCCGGUCGAGAAGCCGCCGAAUCUGGCCGAGCCGUCCGCGGUCGCGGUGGUGGUGGAGGUGGCUGGGGAGGCCGGAUCCAUCAGUUCCGGGUCCGAGUCCGGGAUGUGCGUCGAGUGCCGGCACGGGGAGUGCAACGAGAGUGAGGGCGGCGGAGACGCCGUCGCGGCGUUGCCCGGCCGGCGGGGGAAAGCGGUGGAUGUGAGGAUAGAGGUGGGGCCAUCGAGGCGGGUGGAGCUAGAGAGCGAGUUGACUCAGCGCUCGCCCGUAAGCCGGCUGCUAUCGUUCAAGAGAUUGCUAAGCAUGAGCAGAAAAUCGCCGCGGACGGAGAGUAGCAGCGGCAGCUGUAGAGCCGCUGAGUUGGAUUUGGAAGGAGGACUCGGCGAGCCAUCUCGAGUUCACACGCCGAAGUGA